AUGCCAGCACCACCGCCUCCUCCUCCGCCGCCGCCUCCCCCAGGUGCUGGAGGCCCCCCUCCCCCUCCACCACCACCACCUGGAGGAGCUCCCGGUGGACCACCAUCACGGCCGCCUGCUGGUGGAUCGGGCAGAAAUGCUUUACUCUCUGAUAUACAAAAAGGAAGGUCGCUGAAAAAAGCUGUCACCAAUGAUCGAUCCGCACCCGUCGUCGGAAAGACAGCAUCAUCCGGAGGCCCUCCUGUUGGAGGUGCUCCAGCAGUUCCUGGAGGACUUGCGCCGCCAGUUCCAGGAAACCGAGCGAGAAGUAAUAGCGAUCAAGGCUCCGGCCAAGCGGCGGCAAGUUCAGCGGGCAUGGAGUCGGCCGCACCCCAACUUGGUGGCCUCUUUGCUGGAGGAAUGCCGAAGCUGAAAAAGCGAGGCGGUAUAGACACAGGCGCAAAUUCAGAUGCCUCUUAUCUGUCGGAUCCUGGAGAGUCAAGAUUAGCGGCCCCUAAACCUCCUGGUGCUCCCAAACCACCAGGCGGUGCUGCGCCAACAAUCCCUGGACGUGGUCCUCCCGUUCCUCCGCCUGGAGGAGCGAGCAACCUUCGAAAAACCACACCUUUAGGAGGAUCAAAGCCUCCUCCUCCACCGAUUGGCAAAAAGCCACCGCCUCUGCCAACAUCUCGAAAGCCGUCCUCAAAAGCAAUUCCUCCAGCGGCUCCUGCGCCGGCACCACCACCCCCUCCCCCUCCGUCAAGUGCAGCUCCGACACCAUCUGCUCCUCCUCCUCCUCCUCCUCCUCCUCCAUCAUCAUCUGCUCCUGUGCCCGCAGCGCCGCCUCCACCUCCUCCGGCCUCAGCUCCUCCUCCUCCUCGCCCUUCAGCGUCUCCGACUCCAAGAAUUUCAGCACCACCACCGCCUCCUCCACCGCCCCCAGCGAACUCAGCACCUGCACCAACUCACUCACCGAGUGCUGCUCCUCCUCCGCCACCACCAAAUGUGGCUCCAUCACCGCCUGCAUCACAAUCACCGCCGCCUUCAUUGAGCUCAAGAAGCCGAGGAACAUCUUUAAUCCAAUCUAUGCUUGACCCAAGCUCAUAUACUUUAUCAGCGAACGGUGCUAGCUUGCCCAGCCCUAGUCGGAAGCCGUCACACUCACCAACCCCUAGUACAGGGGGGAGAUUCACCGUUAAUGAUUCGAGGUGGCAAUUCAAGGACGAAACAUUAUUGCCGAAGCCCAGGGACUUUCACGGUGGCCCAAAGAAAUAUAGGGCAGGCAGAGGUAGCAGUGUGCCACUAGACUUGAACGCCUUGUAG